AGGAUGAGCUGCGACAGCCUGCCGGUGCUGGGGGACACCGAGGUGCUCUGCAUGGGGUACAACCGCACGGAAGCCACCACCCUGCCGCCUUUCUUCGGGAAGCCCACGCGCCCGGCCAAGGACGUGGCCAAAAACCUCACGCCGCUCAGCGGGCAGCGCCCCUCGGGGCUGGACUGCGGACGGACUUGCAAGUGCAAAGCGCCCCUGAUCCCCAUCUCCAAGGAGUCCCAUCCGCUGUACAACCGCAUCAGGACCGGGCAGGUACCCAACUGCGCCAUCCCCUGCUACCAGCCCUACUUUACCCAGGACGAGAAGACCUUCGCCACCUUCUGGAUCGGCCUCUGGUCCAUCCUCUGCUUCCUCUCCACCUCCACCACUGUGGCCACCUUCCUCAUUGACAUGGAGCGCUUCAAGUACCCCGAGCGCCCCAUCAUCUUCCUCUCUGCUUGCUACCUCUUCGUCUCCGUGGGCUACAUCGUGCGGCUGGUGGCAGGGCAUGCCAGCGUGGCUUGCAACCCGGAGCACCACCACAUCCACUAUGAGACCACAGGCCCUGCCCUCUGCACUGUGGUUUUCCUUCUCCUCUACUUCUUCGGCAUGGCCAGCUCUAUCUGGUGGGUCAUCCUGUCCCUCACCUGGUUCCUGGCAGCCGGCAUGAAGUGGGGCAACGAGGCCAUUGCCAGCUACGCGCAGUACUUCCACCUGGCCGCCUGGCUCAUCCCCAGUGCCAAAUCCAUCGCUGUGCUGGCACUCAGCUCCGUGGACGGCGACCCGGUGGCCGGGGUUUGCUACGUGGGCAACCAGAGCCUGGAGAACCUGCGGGGUUUUGUGCUGGCACCGCUGGUGGUUUAUCUCUUCACCGGCAGUCUCUUCCUGCUGGCCGGCUUCGUCUCGCUCUUUCGCAUCCGCAGCGUGAUCAAGCAGGGCGGCACCAAGACUGACAAGCUGGAGAAGCUGAUGAUCCGCAUCGGCAUCUUCACUGUGCUCUACACCGUGCCCGCCACCAUCGUCAUCGCCUGCUACAUCUACGAGCAGCACAACCGGGAGGCAUGGGAGCGGGCGCAGAACUGCUCCUGUCCGGGGGACCCCCCCCGCCCCAAGCCCGACUACGCCGUCUUCAUGCUCAAGUACUUCAUGUGCCUUGUGGUGGGCAUCACCUCUGGCGUCUGGAUCUGGUCCGGCAAGACGCUGGAGUCCUGGAGGCGCUUCACAGCCCGCUGCUGCCGGGCCCGGAAGCCCGCAGGCGCCUCUGUGUACGGCGAGGCCAGCCCAGCGCUGACGGGCAGGACGGUGCUGCCCAGCAUGGCCUCCUACCACAACUGCGCCUCUGUCGGAGACAGUGCCAGGUUUGAGAGUGAACAGUUAAUUUAG